ACCCUUCACACAUUGAUGUGUGCAUGCACGUUUUAACUCGAUCAAAAAUUAUGAACCUAGCCAAUUUUUAAACGGCCAUUAUACGAAAACCACGUUUCCAAACUCAACCAAACACCGUCAGGAUACACAGCUAUAUAUCCACGGUCACAACCCUGGGGCACAAAAUCCGAUGAAAUUUAUUUUAAUACGGUUUUGGGGGUGAAAAUUGUGGCCCGGUGCGGACUUGCAAGCUGAUUUUUUCUGCGCGAGUGUCUUACAUUCGCAUUGUUUCAUUUACAAGGUGCAUUCCGUGACGUCACGCUGUACAAACCACAUGCACUCGGCCCUCGUUACUCGUAAUUCACCUUCCAAAUCCUCAAAUGUUCGUUUCUUUGGGAUUCCCUAGACGCCGCACUUCUCACGGAUUUUUACGGCUGUUUUCUCUGGAAUUAUUAUCGCUGAAGCCAGCAGAGGACUUCGGUGGACCGUGGGCAGUAAAUAGGGAUGGAGCAGGGAGAAGGCUCCUCUCAGAAAAGUCCUGUGGGAUCCCUCAGUAGUAGCUUCUUUGACACAUCACACCAAAUCAGUCAGCCUCUGUAUUCUCAACCCUCAACCAGCCACGAUUCCUUCCCCCUCAUCUCCCACGUUCCUAGUGCCUUUUCCAUGUUUGGUCACAAUGCCUACUCUGCUGCAGCAGCUGCUGCUGCAGGGCGACCCCUGGGGUCAGAGUUUGGAGGUCUUGGGUCAUUGGUUUCAGAGAGUUUGAGCAGUCCGUUACGAUCGCCGACUGCUAUAUCCACUCAUAGUCCCAUCAGUCCAUCUACAGGGUGGUCUUUUGAGGCCAGCGCUCAGUUGUUUAGUCUGGCAGCAUUAGGUGGUAGUCCGUGGUGGCAGCAAUCACACAGUUUAGGUGCACUUGGCCAUGAUUACUACUCCCACAGUCUUGGUUUGUCAACUACCUUUGGACAUGGUACCAGUGCAGAUAAAGAGGCCAGUGUUGCUGGCUUUGAUUCACUCUUUAAGAGUCAGAAAACUCCCAAGACAAAUGUGUCUGGCACUGGAGCCGUGAGACGAGGUACUGGUCGUCGGGGAAGACCUCGGAAGACAGAUCGUCCCAAUCCACUAAGGGUUCCCUUACUGAGUCAAACACCAACCCUUGUACCUAGCCAUCAACCCGCUCCACUGACUACUCCCAAGGAAGCAGUGUCUGUCAUCAAAGAAGUACCGAAACUUAGCAUCAAGGUGUCCACUCCCAGCCCCUCUUUAUCAUCACCCAGACAACGUUCCUCCAAAUCCCCUUCCCCAAGAACAAGCUUACCAUCAAGUUCCCCAGCUUUGUCCCCUCAGAAGAAGAAAAGUUCAUCUGCCUCAUCAAAGGACCCUGGCAAGCAAGGAAGUAGCGACAGUAGUGACAACGGUUUGAGCUCAGGAGAUUCUGACAGCAACAUGUCAGAGGUUAGCAGUGGAGAUUCUGGGAGUGAUUCUGAUCAGUACAGUGAUGAGAAGGAGAUGGCAGAAAUCAUGCAGGCUAAGAAAGAAUUGGAAGCCCGUCAAAAACUGCUUCUUGAGCAACAAAAGAGCAUCCGAGAGAAGCAACAGAGUUCCUUGAACCGCAAACAGAAGGCUGGCUUACUCUCACCUAAGGAAGGACAAAAGAGCAGUGCUUCUAAUGAACAGCGUUCUGAAAAGAAACAUCACCAUCGUCAUGGCGACCAGCAUCGUCAUCACCAUCAUCACCACAGGAAGAGCGGACAGGAGCGGAAACAACCUAAAGAUGCAGUUUUGACUGAGAAAGAGCUACAGGAGCAGCUGUUACGAGAACAAGAACAGAAGCGACGAGCUGAGCAACUGACGCUGCAGUUUGAGCAACAAAUCAAAGAACAGCAACAGCAACUACGGAUGCAGAAGAGAGCACAAGCUGAACGAGAGAAACUCCUCUUGGCUGAGAAGGCAAGACUGGAGAGAGGUCAGACCUCAUCCACUGGAGGAAGAGAACGCAAACCAGGCAGGCCAAGGAAAGAGAACAGAGAAGAAACCACCAGAGGAGGAAAGAUGAAGGGUAAAGGCAGGGCAGAGAAGAGACAAAAGACAGCAAGGAAUCUAGAAUUACAGGUGAAUGGAACACAGGGAAUGGUCACAGUCCAGGAGUCGGCUGCCCAAAGUGUUGAAAUCUCCCCAGCUCCAUCAGUAUCUGCUAAGGCGAAGACUAAGCAGAGGGGUGGAGAGAAAGGAGAGGCAGGGCCAACAGCUGACAAAGAGGGUGGAGAACACAGUGAUAGUGUGGGUGAUGUCACAGGAGUAUCUGAUGAUUGCCAGGAUGUUUCAUCAGAUUCUGGGUCAGCUUUGGACACCGAUGAUGACAAUUAUGAUGAUGAUGAUGAUUUGGAGAAGACUCAGAGGGAGAACUCGGAAGACACUGACGCAAGCACCAUGGCUAGAGAAUCACAAAAUAGUCCCAUGCCGAUGAACAUCUUGCUGAAACGUAAAGCUGAUCAUGACAGUAACUUGUUUGCUGCAUACAUGCCUGUUCAGCGUAAACGUCUUCGUGUCACUGAUGAAAGAGCCGUCCGUAGACCUCUAUCCCGGGGAUGGCGUCGUCAGGUCAUCAUACGCCAAUUAGGACCUGGUGACCGGGUCAAAGGUGAUGUCCUGUACUAUGGUCCAUGUGGUAAGAAACUACGCACCUAUCCCGAGGUCAUGAGGUACAUACAGAGACGUGGCAUUGUGGAUGUUGGUCGAGAACAUUUCAGCUUUAGUGCCAAGAUUCGUAUUGGAGAGUUUCUGAAUCCUAAACCAGACAAUGAGAAUGUUGGGGGUAUCAUCUUUGAGAAGUUGACCGAGAGUGAACUGCAACAACGCAUCAACAUCCUGAUGGGGCGUAAGCCACGUCCAGGUCGACCUGUCAAGAAUGCUGAGAGGAAACGCAUCGCUCAGGAGUUGGCUCGGCGUGCUGCGGAAGUCAAACAUCGCAAGAAGAUUGAACACCAAGCAGAGAUGGUGCGGAGAAUUCAAGAGGCCAAGAUGAGACGCAAGUUAGAACGGCAGCAGCAAGCACAUCUGGCCAGGGAGGCGAGGAGACAGCAAGCUCUCCAAGCUGCAGAAGAAAAACGACGUGCUAAAGAACAUCGUCUUUUCCUGAAGCAGCAGCAGAAACGGUCUCGAAUGGAGCAGCUACGAAUGGAGAGAGAGAUGCGUGCACAUCAAAUGGUUGAGAUGCAGGCUUCCACAGAGCAAUCUCUGUUUCAGGAUCGUAAAAAACGAAAACAAGCUGAAAUCCAGUCCAAAAUGAUGGAAGCCUUCAAGCGUGCCAAGGAACGAGAAAUGAGACGUCAGCAUGCUGUACUGCUUAAACAUCAGGAGCGAGAACGUCGCAAGCAUAUGCUAAUUAUGGAACGAGAGAGAAGAAAACAGCAUAUGAUGUUAGUCAGAGCUCUGGAAGCACGAAAGAAACAAGAGGAGAAAGAAAGGCAGAAGAAUGAAAAGAAAGUUGAGAAGAGGGCCAAGAAAGACCGUAAGAUGCAGCAACGGAUACUGGAGAUGCAGAUGGCUAAAGAGUUGAAGAAACCUGUGGAAGAUAUGAAACUAGGACAAGAGGCAAAGCCACUGCCAAACAUUGAGCGACUCAAUGGUCUCAAAUUACCAGGCCAGGCUUUUGCUAAUUGUCUAAUGACACUUGAAUUCCUCCACACAUUCUGUGAUGCUCUCAAUCUAGAUAAGGAAGACGACAUUCCCACAAUGACCACAUUGCAAGCAGGUCUACUUAACGAGACAGAGUACAUUGGUGAGGUCAUAGCACUGGCGAUACAGCUCUUAGCUCUCGCUCUUGAAGACCCUGGUACACCAGAUAAUCACCCUGAGAAAUCCCCUUGGGGUCAAUCUGUUGAAGAUAUUGACAUCACAGAGGAUAAUCUGUCUGAGAUGCUACGCUAUUACAUAAUUGGAGUCAAUGGAAAGGAUGAUGAGAUCGGCAAGCUGUUGAGCACUGUUCCCUUCAAGGCCUUAUCAGCUGUGCAGAAAGCCUCUGUCCUAGCCUUCCUCGUCAACCAGUUGGUGUGUAGUCGACCAGUCAUCCAACAGAUAGAGGGCGGUAUUGAUAAGGUUACCAACCUGCGACGAGAUAAGUGGAUUGUGGAAGGAAAGCUAAGAAAGCUCCGUACACUGCGUUCCAAGCAGUUUGAUAAUAAAGUGACACCCAAGCAGGAGCCUGGAACUUCUACUCCGACCCUUAAUGGAACCCCAGAAAAACAGAACAAAAAAGUCAGUAACGAGGAUGACGAUGAUGAUGAGAAAGAUGAUGAUGAAGAUGACAUGAGUGGAGGAGAAGAAGGAGCAGUGGGUGGGGCAGUAGAGGAAGAUGGUGGGGCAGAGGAAGAAGUUGAAGUUGAAUCGCUAAACGAAGGAGUAGAAGAGAUAGAGAAGAAGAUGGAGCGACUCAGUAAGCAACAUGGUCAGUUUCGUCACAAGAUCUUUGAGGCCUCUCAUUCCCUACGAGCCAUUGCUUUUGGUCAAGAUCGAUACAGACGCCGUUACUGGGUGCUGCCUCACGCUGGUGGGAUUCUUGUAGAAGGUUUGGAGAGUGCUGAACCAAACAUGUUUACAGUUGACAAUACAGCAACCAAACUGGAGAAAGAGACUCUAGAACAAAGUAAGAUCGAGACAGAAACCAGCAAAGAGGAGGUGACGACGGAGGAGCAAGAGGUGGUGAAAGGAGACAAAGAGAAAGACAGUGAGGAGAUUGAAGAGGAGAAGAAACAAGACGAAGAAACCAAAGAGACAACAAUGGAUACCUCAUGUAGUGCAAAUACUCAAGAAACAAACAAGUCAGAGACAGAGACCUCAUGCAGUGAGGAUAGAACAGUGCCAUCCUCCUCAAAUACUCAAGAAGAGGAGGUCAGGAUGGAGGUCACUGAGCUUAGAUUGGAAAACGACCAGGAAGAACUUGAGUCAGCCGACAAUAAAAGAACAGAAAAUGUACCCCAAGUGAAUGGAGAGAUUGCGUUGAAUGGCCCAGUUGAGCAAGACACUAGGGAAGACCUGUACAUGGAAGCGCCUCUGAACUUAACCAAGGUUGACAAAAGUCACGACGACGGUACUCAGCAGACAGAAACCAUUGUUGGAAGUACUGUAAACAAGGAUGAGGCUUGUAAAGCGGAAACCUCCACAUCAACUGUCAGUGCAAAGAUGGAGCCUUCAGAAAGCUCCGAGGAUGGAGACCGUAAAUCCCCAAUUAAGAAGAACAGUCCUAAACUUGGCUAUCUGAGUAUAGACAGUAUGCUACAGAGAUCUGACAGGCCAGCAUCCUCCUCAUCCUCAAGUCCAUUCCCUCCAAUUACCUCCUCAAGCAUACCACCCCCAUCUCUCUCUCUAGACUCUAAACCCAAUGGAGCCAUGGGUUCUUGGUUUAGCAUCUUACCUCGUAUGCCUUGUGAUGACACCUCCUUACUGACCAGUCCCAUCAAGCAAGAGGAAGAGACACCCACCCCUAAUGAUGCUUUCUCUGAUCAGUUCAAGCAGGCUGCCCAGGCUGUGCCAGCUUUUGGUCUAACUCCUUACGGGAUCUAUCACGUACCCUUUCCACUUAUGCACGUGGGUCAGAUGAACGCCUUCAUGGGAGCUUAUAGCUUCCCUGGAGUAGCUCCCAUUCCACUACAGACUCUACAGAUGAACCAGAUGGAUCAGACUGCCAGCGUUAAUCCUCUGCUACCCUUAGCCAACACUAUCAAGCUCAAGACAGAGCAAGAGGAAGAAGAUGAAGAAGAAGAAGCUGACUUGAAGGCCAUUGCUAACAUGCAAGCUCUCUUAGAUCAGAUGGAGAAGGCACAAACGGAUCCCGUACCUGAAGACUUGCAACAAGGUUGGUGGCAGAUCUGUGAUCCUAACAUGCUACGCCUCAUCACCAGGUCUCUUCACAUGAGAGGGAUCAGAGAGAGAAUGCUGCAGAAAAGCUUCCAGAAGUACAAUGAUUUCUCUCUCAGAGUGUGUUCCAAAGGAAUCAAGAAUGACAUACUUAUCCAAACUAAAGAGAAGAAGACAACAUACCCUGACAACAACAGCAUUCCACGUAUCCCACCGCCCGUCUUUGAAGAGCAAGAAGGAUGGUUUCAAGAAGUAACUUUUGCCGCAAAUCGUGGUAUCUUGGAGAGCGUAGAAGCCAUGGAGGAACGUGUCUUUUCGGCCAGUAUGCAAGUCAAGGGAUGGGUCCUACCAGAGAAGGUCUCAAAUGAUCCUAACUUGGAAUCCUGGCAGACUGUUGAGAGUUCUGGAGUGGAUCCAAUAGGUAUUGCCAUCAAGAGACUCCUGGCCUUGGAGAAAUCAGUGGAGAGAAGAUACCUCAAACCACCACUCAGCAAAACUGAAAAUGCAAUAAAAGUAGCCAGCCAGGGUCAGCCAGUCACAGAAAGUGCUGCGUCCAGAUCUCGUGGCAGUGCAGCAGCAGUGGCUCUUCCUGAGGAAUCCCUUUUCCCCAAGGCUGAGGAGGAACCAUCCAAAGGAUUAGUGCGUUGGCGACGUACCGUGGAGAAUGCAACCUCUGCAUCUCGUCUACAUAUGUGUCUGAAUGUACUGGAGAAGUGUAUAGCCUGGGACAAGUCUAUUAUGAAAGUUUUCUGUCAGCUGUGUCGCAAAGGGGAUAAUGAAGCACUUCUCUUGCUAUGUGACGGCUGUGAUAAGGGCUUCCAUACUUACUGCAUCAAACCCAAGAAGACGCAGAUACCAGAAGGGGAUUGGUACUGUUCCGUCUGUAUUUCCAAGGCAACUGGAGAGCCAGGCACAUGUACUGAAUGCCAGAAGACUGGUAAACUCUUGAAAUGUGAGCAAUGUCCACGAGCCUACCACCUCAACUGCCUUGAUCCUGUACUUAGCAAAUUCCCCCGUGGCAAGUGGUUCUGCCCACCAUGCCAGAAGGUCAAACGCAAAGCCUCAAAAAGCCGGAACCACAAACGAAAGAGCAAAGACAAGAAGGAAAAAGGUCAUGACAAAGGUCAUCACUCAGGUCAUCAUUCAGGUCGAAGUACACCGGCUGAGACUCCAUCAAGUCCAGCCGUGUCAGUGGACAAAGAGGCACAGAAGGAAGAGAAGGCUGCCAAGAAGAAGGAGAUGGCUCCUUGCAAGCUGAUCAUGACUGAGUUAGAGAAGGAAGAGAAUUCUUGGCCAUUUCUCGUCCCAGUCAACACUAAACAAUUCCCCAGCUAUCGCAAGAUUAUCAAGAAACCAAUGGAUUUCAGCACCAUCAGAGCAAGACUCCAUGCUGGGCAUUACCACCAUCGUGAUGAGUUUGCUGCUGACGUCCGUGUGGUCUUUGACAACUGUGAGACUUUUAACGAAGAUGACUCUGAUGUUGGGAGAGCUGGCCAUGAGAUGAGGGCAUUCUUUGAGAGUAGAUGGGCAGAUAUCCUUCAGGAACAGUCUACGUAGCUGGCAGGUGAUCACUCAUUGCUGAGUGGUGGGGGAGAGUGGGUGGAGAUAGAGACUUGGAGGAGUAAACUAAGAUGGAUGUUGAAUUAAGAUUGCUAGAGGUACCCUGUAACUUGGAGUUAUUGAAGGCUAGGCAUACCAGAAUGUAUCCUCUGCAAUCUCUUUGAACAACAGGUGUACAUAAGGAAGAAACAACAGCCAUAUGUGUGCUUUUCUGGGCAGAAAAAUACUCUGAAACCGAACGCAAUUAAAAAAAAAACAAACAAAAAGAAAGGAAAAAAACCUUGUGUAAAUUUUUAUAAGUGUAAAAGAUUUCUAGAAUACCAUACCUAUCAUGUAAAGCAAAGAAGGCCAAUGAUUGGCGUCUGUUUGAGAUGGUGAAAGGGAGGACAUUUUGUGAUGAAAUAAGCCAUUUCUUGAAAGGAAGUUUGAAUAAUUUGUUUCUGUCUGCUGUAUUCAGUGUAUUCAUCAUUUGCUUGGAGAGACACACUUUGCACAUAUUGUGACGUUAUAUCCACCUGCAGAGGAGUCUGAAACAAAGUGGCAUUACCUUCUGGGAGUUACACUGAGCAUUGCAGCAGCAUGAUGGGACAGCCAUUGUGACGAUGAUAGCAAGUUUAAAAUACAUCACAGAUGUCACAACGUGACACACACAAAGCUGUCAUAAUAUGCCCUACACAUAUGUCAAAGUUGUCAGGGACAUGUCACAUCAGAGCUGUCAUGACAUCAUGCAUUAAAGCUGUAAUGAUAUGCCAUGGAUUAAACCUCAGAGGAAGAACAUUUCUUAAAUACAAUAACAGAAGCAAUUUGAUCGGGAUAUUAGUGGUGUCUUCCCUCUGUUUACGUACUCCUAUCCACAUCAAAGUAUUGUUAGUGUCAGAUUACACUUACGAGAAGGUCAACGUGGAUGUUACAAUAGGUAAGUGCUUGUCACUUUCAAGUUUCCAAAUUUUAAGAAUUGUAAUGAAUCUUUGCCAUCAUUUUAUAAUUGGCAAAAACAGAGUCGCAUGCCACAAAUCCUGUUGAGAUGAUAAACAAAUGCUUCUGAAUCUCAAAUUGAAUUUGCAGAGAUGAUAUGAAAGCAAUAAGACAGAGCCAGAGUUGAGAUUAUUGUAAGAUAGCAUCAAGAUAGUAUGGUGAAAUUAGUGCAGUAUAAUAGAAGCAGUGUGCUAAAGUCAGUCGCUCAGUCGAUGUGUAUUGUGAUGUAAUCAGUAUUCAAAACUUUCACAGAAAAUCCUUUUUUUUUUCUUUUUUCCACUGUGUAUUACUCUCUUUUCUCUGCCUUCAUCAGGGAAAAAGCUCAUACUAAUUAAGCUGGCCUUUCACCCUCCACUUUAACCAAUUCCACAAAAUGUUGAAAUGGGAAAAAAGUGUUUUGCCCAGUUAUAUGCCUGUAUUCAUGAAUGUUACAACAAGGACAAUUUCAGUGGUGUUUGAAAUAAAUGAAGUGUCCAAACGGCUUGGAGUAUAAACUUCAAUCCUCUGGUGUAAUUCCUCUAACUUUAGUUGAGUAUGUGGUGUUUCUCUGAUGAAUUUACUGUGAUGUUUUGUAUUUAUUGAAAUAAUUAGUAAUUACAGAAAUUUUGUAUAAAAAUUUGAAAAAGAAGCUGUCUUGUGUUAAAACAAAUGAAAGAAACUUAUAAGUAGUUAUGCUUCAUACAGUUAGAAUUGCUUGAUAAUUUAUAUAUUUUUUAUAUCUCUUAACUCCUUUGCACAUCCUCAUUUUAUUGGCAUUUUUAUGUGAAACAAUAAUUUCAGGAUUUGAACUAAAUAAAAGGAGCUAAUCCAUAGUGUUUAUACUUCUUUUGUGCCAGACAACAUUUCAAGUGGGGUGGGUGGAUGUCCACCAGAAAUUUUAGACCAGUUUGGAAGUGUUUUAAGUUGUGGUUGAUAGUAAGGACUGAAGGUCAGAAACAACAGGUGAUUGGUUAUUGAUUGGACACACUUCUCUACGACCUGGGUUACUCCAACCCAUACUCAACUGCUUCAGACUCAACUAACUCUGCACCUUCAGCAAACCAAUAUAUCAAAUCAGCAUUCUUAAGGUGAAGAUCUCAUUUACAUGUAUUGCUUUGAUUUGUAACAUUUUCGUCAUUACAUGUGGUUCUGUAAGUUGUUAAGAAAGUGUGGAAAGAGAUCAUUUUUCUGAGGAAGGGAAUUUUUAUAAUGCAAAUUAGUGCUUAGUGGUUAGACUUUUUUAAUGUGGCAGGGUAAAAGUUACCAGCUGCUCUGCUUUCAUUAUAAAGAACUGUGCCUCGCCAAUUGAUUGUAGAUAAGACAUGAAUAAAUUGUAUAUAGCUUGUCGAAAUGCUGUUUGUGUGUCAUCACAAGUGAACUGCAUUUAGUUUUCAUGAUCAGCAGUGUUUGCUUCAUCUUACAUAACUUGUCAUUUUCUAUGUCUUUAAAAUAAGUUGUGUUAGUUAUGUUUGUAGUUGUCAACAUUUAAAAUGCUCUGAUAUAGUUUAUUGUUGCUGCAGCGAUUGCUUUUAGUAGAGAAGAUAAACCUAGAACAAGUCAAAAAUAUGAAAAGGAUGAAAAGGAGAGUGAGAUUGUAUUUUUGUUGAAGAAGUAUGUUUGUGAUUUGAGAAAUGAACAUGUAUCACAAGAUGGUGGUCAAACACUUGGCUCAGUUCAAAGAGUUGUUUGGCAUUAACACAGUCACCAUCUGGUCAUCUACCUUCAAGAUCAUCUUAAAAAUAAUAAAGGACUUGGUAUUCAAAGUUGUUUUAAAGUCACGAUAUAAGAGGUGUACGCGAGGGGAGGGGCUAGACAAAUAUUUGUGUGGAGGGGUUAUAGCCCAUAUAGAAGUGUGUCAGGAUGAAGUGGUGAUAAUUGAUGUAGUUUCAUCUUGAAACUUGGCUUUGGCAUGUUUGUAGUCAAUCAAAUAGUGUGAAUGUAAACUGACAGUAGACUAGCCACUAGUCCUAGACUAGGAAAUGUUUUGGAAGAUUGUUAACAAGUAAUACACAUAUGGACAGACAUGCAUAGCAUCAUUUUUCAAUGCUGGGAUGAAAUUUCCAACUUGUAAGCAGUGGAGCAAAAAGAUGUGCUAGCAUUGUCUUAUUGGGCUUGUUGGCCUUUUUUGAGAAUAAGACUCGGCACUGAAGACUUGGAAACAAAGGAACUGUUUAUGGUAUGGAUGAAAAUGAUCAAUUUGUGACAGGUUAUUAAUGGUAAGCAAUAUUGAUCAAUUAUGAGUGAUGAUUGUAAUCAACAUUUCCCUGAAAUUUCACAAAAUACCUUUGAUCAAGGAGCAUUUUUGGCUCUAGAACUGGUAAUUUACUCACAAUUAAUUAACCCUGACUCCUCAGGGUGUGUGUUUAAAAUCAUAUUGAAAUUGGAGGAUUUGGCCCUGUUUGGGUUAACUAUUGACAUUGAUAUAUUAAACCCUGAAUAUUAAGUGUCAAUAUUUUCAACUGGUACAAAGACACCAAUUGUACGUAAGUUUCUCAGUAUUUGUCCCGCCAGCAUUGUUGCAUUUGCUUCAGACAUUAGUGGUUCUUGUUACCCUAGCCAAGUGUGUAUUGUCUUGCCUGUCUAUUUAUUAACACAUUGAAGUUAUUUAUUGAUGCUGUGCAGAACAAAGCACGAUGACUUGACUGUCAUCCCUAUUGAUUCUGCAUUUAUGUAAAAAUGGUUAUUUUACUUGAAAUCUGUGUGCUAGUUAUACCGUGACCUGAAUGGGCAAUCAACCUUGAUUAGCCAAAUUAAUUUCAAAAGAAAACCAAAUUAUGGGUCAGAUUUGUUGUAGUUGUAUUAACCGUUCAAACAGGGUUUUUAUGUUGGGGUAUGGUAACCAAUUGUGGAAACAUUUUUUAGAAUUUAGAUCUUUUGCAAUGACUAGGAACCAGUAUUACGUUUGUUAGAUCAAACAAUUCAUUUAGGCAAACUUGAGAUCAUCACUGGCUCAUUAUUUCCAAGUUCAGGACCAUUUUUUUAAUGAAAACCACACUGCAAAUAACUGUACGUAAUUUCAGGGAGAUAAUGUAAAUCUUCAACCUUAACUUUUUUGGAGAGCUGUACAUGAAAUUGAUCUUAUAAAAAUUGGAGACCGUAGUGGAGUAGUGUGAGCUAUUUCUCUGACUUUGGAGAAUACUUUUUAAUUGAAAUGUGUCAGUCCAGUAGUACUGUAGUUCAAUGUUGGUGAAUAAUUGUUUUGAGUAUUACAAAUAAAUGAUUCAUCAGAAGAUACAAACUGA